AUGGGCCAUGCCACCAAGGAGUGGCAGGGAGAGCGAUGGUGCAUCACCUACCACACCGUGCGGGGGGUGAGCGAGGUGCAGGAGCCCAAGACGGAGUACGACCCGAUUGUGAUGAUGGAGAUUGGCGGCUAUGAGGGCACCUAUGAGGCAACAGCGCUGAGCAAGAUGGUGAUCGAGCCGAUCAUGUGGAAGGACUAUGCGAACCCAGAGGUCCAAGAGAAUGCCUACCACUUCGUGAAGGGAGCGAGCCCAAAGGAGCUGCGGAUCCACCUGGACGAUAUGCCCGCGAAGGUGGAGAAUGCGAUCGAGAAUCUGAUCAAGGACCAGAUCCACGAGGCCGGUGAUGUGGUCCUACGAGGCAGUGAACUACGGGCGUGGGAGGCUAAGUUCGUCGACUACGUGAAGUACAAGACCGGCGCUGAUGGCGAUAGCUGGCUUCUGCUGGGACAUCCCGAGAAGAACGGAACUACGGUGAGCGGCUUUCCACGGCCGCAUGAAGUAUGUAUGGUCGGUCAUGAUGGCGAUGAGAAGGAGGCCGCCAAGCUCGACGGGACGGGCAUCACUUUCGAUGAUGGAGUUCCUGGCAUCCUACAGAGCUCGCUGCGAAGGCUACACCAGAACCUGGGCAUCAAAGCACGCACAGAUUGCGCGACCCACCGCGAUGCCCCGACUGCUGGACUUGACUUCAACUCCUGCGUCGGAGUUGACAUCUUCUACGCCCACGACGCCCACGACAAGCGCCACGCGUUCCUCACUGUGGUCGAUUGGGCCACAACCUACCAGGUCGUUAUGAAGCUCGAGCACGAGGACGGCCCUUCAGUUGAGAGGGCCUUCAACACAUGCUGGCUGACGCCAUUCGGACCACCGAGCACGGUGUCUCUCGACCUCGACGGCAAGGUUCAGGCUGGACUCGGUCGCCUAUGUGAUUGGCACAACAUCAAGAUGAAGGACGUUGCCGCCCAAGCUAAGUGGCAAGGAGGAGUGACCGAGCGCCAGAUCGGAUGGUUCAAAGGAAUAUGGGAACGCGUUGUUCAUGAGCUCAACAUCGAGGGCGAGGAGGCAGAGCUAGCUGGAGCUUUGGUGUGCGCGGCGAAGAAUGAUUUGAGGAGGAGGUGUGGGCAUAGUCCCACACAAUGGGUCCUCGGCAAGUCACCCCGCAUUCCCGAAGAACUCUGUGAUCCUGAUUCUGGGGGCACCGUGACCUGGGAUCUGACGGAGGAGAUGAUCGACUACGACGAGGACUUCUACAUCGUGCCAGGCGACCUCACUGGAUUGGGCCCACGGUCAUUGUUGGCCGUCAAGGGGGAAAUCGGAGAGUUCCUCACCAUGAGAGGGGUCAGAGCCGAGGUCAACAAGCUCUUGGCGAUGGACCUGGACGACCCCGACACCUACAUGGACGUCGACGGCGAAGACGGGGACCGCACUGGGGCGAUCGGAGACGACUACCGCGAGAGUGUUAAGAGGAAAGACGACGGAGGAGAUCACCUCUCCGAGUACGAGCCUUCGGAGGACGAGAUCGUGCUCAGUGGCGACGAAGACAUGCCAAUGGACGGUGGCCCCGAUGCCACCCUGGAACACCCCAACGCCGCCAAUCCGGGCCAAGUCCUGCUCACCCACAAGGCCCUCACCCAGAGAGGACAGGCGAAGAGACAAGAGAAAGAACUACGUUGGUCAGAGAUACCGGAAAGCGCCCGACCCUUGUUCAAAGAAGCCGAAAAAGUCCAGUGGGAAGAACACCUGAGCUACGACGCCCUGGAGCCACUUACGAGUGAACAGUCCCAGUGGGUCAGGGCCAAUGUUCCUUCCUCCAGGAUUUUGCCGUGCAGGUGGGCCUAUCGCGACAAAAACUGGGCAGCCAGAAAGAGCGCAGAACAAACCGAAGGUGAAGACGAACCCAAGUGGAGAUGUAAGAGUAGGUUGGUCAUUGGAGGGCAUCGCGAUCCCGACCUGGGGGUCAAAGACCUGGACACGGACGCACCGACCUUGUCGCGUCCUGGACUCUUGUGUCUGAUGCAGCUGCUAGCCAAUGGCUUAAAGAAUGAGGACCCUUGGACCGCCGCCGCCGGGGACAUCCAGUGUGCCUUCCUCACGGGCGGCUACUUGACUAGAGGCGAGGACCUUUACCUACACCAGCCGGCGACUGGGUUCCCAGGUCUCCUGCCGGAUCAGUUGAUCCGCAUCAAGAAGAAUAUCUUCGGACUGGCUACGUCACCGCAUGAGUGGUGGAUGGACCUGCAGGCCGGAAUGCUGAAGGUCAGGAUCGACUACGAAGGCGCCGUCUACUCCUUUGAGCCGUGCCCGCUUGAUCCUUGUAUAUUUGCGUUGCGCAAAUUGGAAGGCGAGAAGCACACCGGGAAGCCCAUAGGGUAUGUCGGGACGCACGUCGACGACCUUCUGGUCAUCGCUGGCAAGAAGGUGAACAAGCUCAUCCAGGCAGGCCUGUCGGAAGCCUUCCCGGUGGACAAGUGGGAAGAAGGACACCUCGACUACGUCGGCACGGAAAUCCUAUGUGGAGAAGAAGAGGUCCUGGUCACUCAGAGAAAGUACGCUGCUACGAGACUGUUCACCCUGGACAUCCCCAGGGGAGUCGACGAUGAGGACCUGGCGGGCCCGGAGCUGAUUGCGGACAACCAAUCCUUGAUAGGGGCGCUGUCGUGGCUGUCUUCCCAGACGCGCCCCGACCUCACCUGCUCAGUGAGUUUGGCGCAACAACUCCAACGACAGCCGACGAUAGCUGAUUUGAAGUUCACCAACCAGAUCUCCAGUCGUGCUACUGCCUACAAGGAGCAAGGCCUACGCUUCCGACCGUUGCCGGAGGACUUUGGGGUGAUCGUCUACCACGAUGCGGCAUGGGCCAACGCCCUCGACGAUGAGGCCGAGGACGAGCACUUCCGCUUGAGCGAAGAGGACAAGGCGACCGGCUUGAUGACAGAGGGUCCGUUCGGCACCAAGCGCGAAAGGAAGGCGAAGCGACAGAACUCUAAGGUGGCUUCGCAGAUCGGUGCUCUGGUUUUGUUCGCAGAUAUGCAGUGCGUCAAAGGGGGAGUCGGCAACUUCUCCAUUGGAGAUUGGCGUUCACGGGCUGGUCAAAGAGUUUGCCGGUCCACCUUCGGAGCCGAGACGCAGGCUUGCGUCGAGGGAGUUGAAGGGGCCCAGUAUAUGCGAUCCUUCAUCGAGACCUUGAUGACCGGAGAGCUCGUGAUGGUCGAGACAGCCCAAGCUCGUCUUUUAUGCCUGAGCGAUUGCCGGUCCCUGUUUGACCAUAUCCACAAACAGGGCAUCCCGAGGGUGCCCACAGACCGACGGCUCGCCAUAGACUUGGCGGCUUUGAGACAAAGUCUCAAGAAGGAACGGUGGGCAAGCAAGCUGCCGCUAGGAUGGGUCCCCAGUCACCUCCAACACGGGGACGUUUUGACAAAGCCGGGGGACCCCGGAGUAUGGUGGGACGCACAGGCCGCCAAACUGGCGGUGCCCAUCAGCUUGUCAGAGGUCUGCCAAGCCAAUGUUUUCUUCGGAGAGAAGAGAACCAGUGUGGAGCACAAAGUUAACGUAUGCAGUCACAAGUCUUUUGCUUCCAGUGAUCGUUCAAUCCUGUACUCCGCUGUUGUUUCAGAGAAAGCUCCACCCUAG